GAGAGCUGACGCACGAGCUGGGACAGCGUAUUAUGGGCAUGAAUCAAAUAGGAUUGUGCGAUCCCAAAUCCAAUCCGGUCGAAUGGCUGAAGCACAUCUCGAAGCCACUUGAUUUCGACAAGAUCCAUAUCGAAUCUUUACAGAUUGCCCAAAAAACUCCCAAAGCCGGCCGAUGGUUCCUAAACUCUGCAGAGUUCAAAGACGACUGGCGUGAUGGCACCUUGCGGAAGCUGUGGUGUCAUGGCAUUCCCUGCAUCUACGUCUACUUCAACCACAGGCAACACCAAGACCAUUGCCUGACAAGACUGCUUUGUACCUUAAUACUUCAACUACUACAUGGCACCAAACACGUGUCAACCAAGAUUCAGGAAGCACACAGCGCUUGGAAGAGCAAUCAACAGAUGCCGUGUGAACGCGACUAUCUGAAAAUGCUCAAAUCCCAAGCAAAAAGCUUUAAGAGGAUCUUUUUCGUCGUAGACGCAUUGGAUGAAUGCCUAGACGACACGGAAGCCAACACAUUGAACAGCUUCUUAGAGGCCUGCCAAGAGCUCCCCGACAACUUUCGGCUGCUGUUUACUUCGCGGCCUGUCCCCAAGCUCUCAGCCCUGAUCAAGCCGGGCUGCGAACUCCCUAUUACCGCCAAUGAUGACGAAAUCAAUUCGUAUCUCCGUAAAUUCAUCGAAAGCCGUCCUCAACUAAACGGGAUAGUAGAAAAAGGCUGCAAGACAGACCCCUUGUUUAGGGAUAAGACUUUGGAGACCAUUGUUCAAAAGUCACAAGGAAUGUUUCUCCUUGCUCAUCUACAUAUUCAAUCCCUGGCUUCUACUCACAGCUUGGCCACCCACAACCUGGCCGAGUUUAGGAGCAGUUUGGCUCAGCUGUCCACAAGUCCAGAUGCCGUUUAUGCUACGGCUUUGGAGCGAAUUAAGAAGCAAGACAGGCCCCAGCGCCAGUUGGCGAUGAAAGCACUCAACUGGCUGGUACACGCAGAAAGGCAACUCAGCGUCGACGAGCUGGCACAUGCCCUUGCGAUCCACACUGGUGUGGAUGAGUCCAGGUCUGAGCCGUGGCAACUGCCCAAAGCCUCCGAAAUCAUCGGUAUUGAAGACGCCCUGAUAUCAGCAUGCGUCGGUAUCGUGGUCGUUCUCCCAGCUACGGACAACAAGAAAACCGUUCGUUUGAUUCACGCAACCGCCGAGGAGUAUAUAAAGAGAAACCAGGCGAUUGGUUUUCCCAAUGAAGAGGCGAUGUCAACGUCAAUGCUGACGAGGACCUGUCUUGACUGUCUCACAAGGAUACCAUUGAGCAUCGGAAGUCCACCCGAGUCAAGUGUGGAUGACAUUUGCCAACAAUACCCUCUCUUCAGGUACGCCGCAAAUUUUUGGGGCGUCCAUCUGGACCAAACAACGAGUUCCAAGGGAGACCUGUACAAGCUGGCCUGGCGUUUCGUCUCGGACAAACCCAAGCUAGACACGGCGAUGCACGCCAUGUCUGACCCCCGGAUCUCGCACGAAGCAAACGUUUCCGCAGUGCAUAUUGCCGCCUUCUUUGGCCUCGAGAGGCUGGUCAGAAAGGCGAUUUCAAACAACAAAAAGGUCAACUUCAACGCGCAGACCAAACGCGGAGAGACGCCGUUGUAUUGGGCCGUAACUCACGGGCGCCGGUCUUUUGCGGAGUUCCUCAUCCAAGAGGGCGCCGAGCUGAACGUCCCAAACGUCGAAAAGCGGACGGCCCUGCACAAGGCAAUCAUGGCAGGAGACAGAAAUUUGAUGGAAGUGAUUCUGUCCUCUGGAAGUCUGAACCUCGAGCUCGAGGAUUCCGAGGGCUACACUUGUCUGAGAUGGGCGGCCAGAUACGGACAGCUCAAGACCGUAGAGGCGCUGCUAAAGAGUGGAGCGGACGUGAACGCGGCGGACAAAGACAGCUACACGGCUUUGCGAUGGGCAGCCCACGAGGGCUACAAGCCCAUCAUCAAGUCUCUUGUGCACCACGGGGCGUCCGUUAAGACCUCGGGUCGCGACAGUUGGACCCUACUCAACUGGGCGGCGCAGGAGGGGCAAGACGACAUGGUCAAGUUUCUUGUCAAAUGCCGCGUUGACCUCGACUCGACGGACGCCGACGGCUUCACAGCCUUGCGUUGGGCAAUGAAGUACAACCGCUCAACAACUGCGUGGCUGCUGAUACAGGCUCGAGCGGACGUCAACAAGCCGGACAACCAAGGCACGCAGCCGCUCCACGCGGCAGUGCAGAGCUGCUGCGGCCCGGACAGCAGCAAGGCCUCGAUGAACCUUCUGUGGCUGCUGUUGGAGAACAAGGCCAACGUCAACGCGCAGGCCGGUAAGCUUGGCCAGACACCUCUACACCUUGCCGCCGUGGGCGGAAGCAGCUCUGUCGUAUGGCUGCUCCUGGAGAACGGGGCGGAUCCGAGGCGACUGGAUUCCAAGAACCGCACGGCGCUUCACUGCGCCAUAACGAGCAAGAUUGUGGCGGUCUGUCGGACACUGCUUCAAAGAGACGGUGACUACCUCGUUCACGCCGUGGAUCAACACGGGCUCACCCCGCUUCAUACCGCCGCGCUGGGAGGGAACAGUGCCAUUGUCAGCCUGCUGCUGGAGAACGGGGCGGAUCUGAGACGCGUCGAUUCGAACCGACGCACAGCUCUCCACUGUGCCAUCCAGGGCGAACAUGCGGAAGUCUGUAAAACUCUGAUCCAGCGAGGCGGCAACUAUCUCGUGCUCGCGGUAGAUGACGAGAAGCGGUCCCCCUUGCAUCACGCGGCGUCUUGGGGCAAUCUCGCCAUCGUCGGCAUGCUCCUGGACCACCAAGCACCCAUCGACAGCCAGGACAGCAAAGGACUUACGGCUCUGCACGUGGCGGUUUCCCAAGGGUACGAGAAGGUCGUUGAGCUCCUGCUGCAGAGAGGGGCCGGCAUGCACAUCGCCAUUGCCAAGCGGAAGAGGACGGCGAUGCACAUUGCGGCAACCUUGGGGCAUCUGGAGAUUGUCGAGACGCUGUUGCGGCAUGGCGCGGUAGUGGACGCGCGGGAUAGCAGAGGGGAGACGCCGUUGCACCUCGCAGACGCCCACGGCCACAGGAUGGUCAAGAAGUUGCUGGUCAAGCGUGGAGCCGACGUUCAGUGUCUGAAUCGCAGAGACUCGACACCAUGGUUUCUGAAAGCCAUGCCCAAGGAAGCAGGAGUAACUGACACGAUCCUCCCGGUGGUUGAAGAUGAGAGGGUCGGACUGAACGGGGCUCCCAUCCAGGAGGAAGUGAAAAGCUGGUGGAAAGGGGACAAACGGUUUGCGGCCCGGGUAGAAGAUGAGUAG